AGUAUCACUUUUGGUUUCCGUUUCCGGUUGUUUUGUUUUUUGUAAAAUAAGCCGGCUGAAAGAAUGUAAGUUAUAUCUGCUAAUAUUACCACUUUUACAACAUUAAGUUAAGUUUUAUAAGGAUAAGCUGUUAAUCAUUUCAAAUUGUACCCGAUUUUGCAAUUUUAUGGCUAUAGUAGCGUCUGAUCACUAAAAUGUGACAUCGUUUUAUUUACGUUAAGAUUUUUUUAAAUUGUAUUUAUUUUACCGUCCCUUUGGUAAAAUCUAGCUUUAAUAUGAUAAAAACCGUUGAUGUACGGGAAGGAGUCGUAGUAAAGAUAAGUCCAGAUCAAGACGCAGAGGAUCCUCCAGUGGGAGACGGGGGAAGACGUAAGCGAUCUCGUUCUGCGUCUCCAAGAAGAAGACGUAGAAGCCCUACUCCAAAGCCAACUAAAAUUCAUAUUGGGAGGCUAACUAGAAAUGUUAACAAAGAGCAUGUUAUUGAGAUUUUUAGUGUAUAUGGAACAAUCAAGAGCGUAGAAAUUCUGGGUGAUAGGGUUCAUCCUGAAUUCUCAAGAGGGUUCGCUUAUGUCGAAUAUGAACAUUCUGAUGAUGCGGCCAAGGCCGUUAAAUACAUGGAUGCUGGCCAAAUAGAUGGACAGGAAAUAAGCGUUGCAACUGUAUAUCCUGCUCGACAAUCUCUUUUACAGGCGAGUGGCGUAGAAGUCCUCCAAGAUAUGGACGAGGUUCGCCAAGAAGAGACCGUUCACCCAGAAGAUCUCCACCCAGACGUUCUCCACCGAGGCGAAGAAGCCCUCGACGUUCUCCUCCUAGACGAAGAUCGAGAUCGCCAAGGAGAAGAAGAAGUAGCAGUUCGAGUUCGAGCUCUAGUUCUUCAAGCUCCGGAAAAAGCAGCGGUUAAAAACUUUUCAUUAAGGGAUACUUUUAUAUAUUGUUCGUGUUAUUUGAGGGUUAGAAUAAUAUGA